AUGUCUUCCAACACCACCGAGCAGUAUGGCCUUGCGGAGCCACUCAUGCUCGAGAAGAUCGACAGCCUGUUCGCCUGCGGUGUUGGUGAGCUAGUUGCUCUGCCACAAAUCGUCGUGGUUGGAGACCAGUCUUCCGGCAAGAGCAGUGUACUCGAAGGUUUGAUCGACAAGCCGCUACCAAGAGACAGCGGCCUUUGCACUCGUUUCGCUACCCAGAUCAUUUUCCGCAGAGCAGCGCAGGAGCAAGUCCUUGUCUCCAUCAUUCCUGAUCAGCAGGCAUCUGCCGAGCACACUACGCGCGUGAAGGAAUGGGGCAAGACGACAAGCAAGCUGGAGUCUGAUACGUUCAAUGAAAUCAUGCAAGAGGCACAUGAAGUGAUGGGCCUUUCUGGAAGUGGCGAGAACGCAACCCAGAAGCCCACGUUCUCCAACGAUGUUCUCCGUCUGGAGAUUUCCGGUCCGGCGCAGGAGCAUCUCAGCGUCAUCGACGUACCAGGAAUCUUCAAGAGCACCACCAAGGGUGUGACUACCAAGGCUGAUAUUGACCUCGUGAGAAACAUGGUCAAAGGGUACAUGGAGAAUCCUCGAUCGGUUAUGCUCGCUGUUGUGCCCGCCAACACCGACCUCGCCACGCAGGAGAUCUUGGAGCUUGCUGCAGAGGCCGACGUUCAUGGCGAUCGCACUCUCGGUGUGCUCACCAAACCGGAUCUGGUUGAUAGAGGCGCUGAGUCUGGAGUAUUGGAUCUGGUUGAGGGCCGUGCGCGCCAGAUGAAGCUGGGUUGGCACAUCAUUCGCAAUCCUGGCCAGAAAGAACUAAAAGAUGUCAAUGUGGUUCGCAGCGAUCUGGAGGCGACAUUCUUCCGCUCCUCUACCCCGUGGAACGGCGUCGAGAAGGACAAGGUCGGCAUUGAGUCUCUCAGGCUUCGCAUCAAGGAUGUGCUGUCUUCGUUGGUCAAGAAGGAAUUUCCAAAGGUCCAAACAGAGAUCAAAGGCAGACUCGCUACCUGUCAGAAAAAGCUUCGCGGGCUGGGAGCAGAACGAAACACUCCGGCGCAGCAGACAGCAUAUCUGAUUCAGCUUGCCACCAAGUUCCAGCGUCUUGUUUCGCUGUCAAUUAGUGCUACCCAUGGCGCCGAUAAUGCGUUCGAGACGACUCCUGCGCUAUGCAUCGCUCCUGCCUUGAUGUCUCGCAUGAAGAUCUUCUCGGAUGAGAUGGCAAAGUAUGGCGCAACUUAUGCGUUCAGCAGUGACCAUACUGGUAGUUCCGUGGACGACACCGAUGCUUCCGAGUACAACCCUGAUGAGCAUCUCGGCGGGCCUCCUGUGAAGCAGACCUUCGAGACCAGAAGAGAAGAAGACCUUGACGAUCUUGAGGACAUUCUGUAUACGAAGCAAAGCCUCUCUCCACCAUUGCGUGACCAAAUCGAAGACUGGCUUCUCCAAGUCUUCCAAGCCAAUCGAGGCUUCGAAAUGGGCACCUUCAACGCCUCAAUCCUUGCCACGGUGAUGAAGAAGCAGUGUUCCAAGUGGGACGACAUUAGUCUUGGCUUGUUAAGUGAUGCUAUUGUCAUCGUUCACCGCUUCAUCAGUUCGGCUCUAGCAUCGAUUUGCGAUGACAGCAAUGUUCGGAAUACUUUGGCCAACAACCUGUCCGAUCAAUUGCAUGAGCGAUAUGGAUUCGCGAUGAGGUGUCUCGGAUUCUUGCUGCAGGUGGAAAAGAGCAACACUCCACUGACUCUCAAUCACUACUUCAACGACAAUCUGCAGCGAAGUCGCCAAGAGAACGCCACUGGGCGCGUCGAGGAGAAGGCCAUCGAAACCUACGACCAUGGCAAGGUCGUACAACUGGAACAUGCUUUACAGCCUCUUCGCUCGAUGAGCAACGAGCAGCACAUCGUUGAAGACAUCCACGACAUCCUGAAGUCGUACUACAAGGUCUGUCGCAAGACAUUUGUCGACAACGUCUGCAGGCAAUCGGUGAUCCACUAUCUUCUAGAGAGUGAUCUGAGUCCGCUCGCACUUUUCUCGCCUCUCUAUGUGAGCCAGUUAUCUGCUGAUGUGCUUGAAAGUAUUGCGGGCGAGGAUCAAGCUCUGAAGAGAGAUCGGGCACGGCUAACCAAGGAAGAGGCAAGUCUGGCGGAGGCGGUCAAAGUCUUGGCCAAAAUCUGA